AUGAACCUCUUUUUGACAAAGCAAAAGUGUACAUUCCAAGUCGAUGGAGUCAUUGAAGACACCAACAACCUGCCCUUUGUCUCGGGCGUCUUCUUUGUCAAAUGGAAGCUGGGAACAACAAGAGGCCGAACAGCGAGAGAAUCCGUGAGAGAUCAUAUCGUCACUUGGAAUUCAACAUUCAAGCUGGAAGCAACAAUCACGGUUGGCAAGGAUGGUGUCUUGCUGCCUUGUGAGAUGUUGUUUGAACUCAAACAGGAAGUGAAUGGUGCUAAAACCGCUGAAGAUGUUGGGGUUGUCCGGGUCAACCUAUCCGAGUUUGCUGGACUGAGAGGUGCAACAAGACGAUAUCUAUUACAGGAUUCUAAAGUCAAUUCAACUAUGAAGCUGAUGCUAGAUAUGACUCAAAUACGAGGAGAUCCUGUAUUCAAAGUACCGCCACCAACACAAACAAAUGUCAUAUCGAUACGAGGUAUACUGGCUGAGGGAACUGGUGAUAGGACGGCGCCAAUAGAACCAGAUGAUCCAAGUCAGAUACAGACACGGUCGUUAGAUAGAGGGGGAACAAUGUCACGGACACUAUCCAUGUUCCAGACAGCAGACGAUCAGGCAAUAUUAGACGAGAUAUUCAAACAAGCAGAUGCCGCUCCGGAACUCUGA